GUUGAUUCUCUGGCCGCGAUGGAAGAACCGCAUAUAGGGGACCCCUUUGAUCCAAAGGUGAAGCACAACCGCAUGCUGCAAUACGGAUUUGGAAUGGCUUUGCGACGUCUAUCGCACACAUCCGCAAAGCUGCAUACUCGCUUGGGAGAAGCGAUGGCGGGAUCGGGCCAAGACGCGAAUGCUGAGAGGAUACUACGUUACGGCGUCCCCUAUUUAUCAAUUUUCAGAAAGAUCCUGGAAGAGAGAAAGCUUUUUGGUAACCCUUAAUAAUCUUGUUGCUGAAAUGAAUUCUGAGGAUAUAAAAAGAACACAAAAGUGACUGACUCUAGAGUAGGCAGGAGCUACUCUAAGAAUGAUUGACUUUAUUGUGUGAACUUUGAUACUUUGGAAGUUCUUCAGAUUGAAAACAUGAAAGCCAAAGAAAAAGCCACUCUGGCUGUCUAUGACUGUGGUGCACAUUGGUGGCGAUAAGUAUCGGCCAAGUUUUCUUCUUCAGGGUUUCUUCAGUGCUAUGCACCUAUAAGGUUCAUGAGGUUUCAAGGUCUCUCAGGUUUGUUGCUGCAAGGAUCCAGGAGCAUCAGCAUGCGCAUUGAUUUUGAUACUUUAUUCAUGGAUCAUCUUAUAAGUUAAAUCUUAUUCGAUUAAAUUCCAUGCGUAACACUUGUGAACCUUAGAUAGUCAAAGAUCUGCGAUGGAUUCGCGCCAGCUAGCUCUAAGUAAAGCAUGCGCGUGACAUUGUGCGACAGCAAGAUGCUUUCGAGACGAAACAAGACGAGAAUUUAGCACAACGACAAAAAAUCGAUCCGAAAAUACGGCGUCGUCUC